UCUCGCUCUUUGGUAAAGCGUGAACUUACCCAUUGUUUACAUAGCAAGAUGCUCAGUAAUUGUAAUAGAUUUUAAAAUUAUCAAUAUGGCCGGUUAUGGAGUGAUGGCCGAUGAAGGAACCAUUGAUUACUCUGUUCAUGAAGCUUGGAAUGAAGCUACAAAUGUCUACCUCUUGGUUAUUCUCGUCAGCUUUGGACUCCUCAUGUAUGCCAGAAAAAACAAAAGGAAGAUCAUGAGGAUUUUCACAGUGCCUCCGACGGUUGAAUCGACACCAGAACCUAACUUUUAUGACAGCAUUCAGAAAGUUAGAUUACGGCAACAGUUAGAAAUGUACUCCAUUGCAAGGAAACAUGAUCAGCAACAGCAGUCAGACAGUGUUCAGCUCUCCAUGGAGUAAACAGCGGAAGCAGUUUAUUGUUCAGUGUUCUGCAGCAUUAAACUUUAUUCCUAUGCAGUAUAGUGUUUUAUUUAUUUAAUAUUAUGGUGGACUGAAGAAGAUUCUGUUGUAAUUUGGUACAAAAUAAUCGUAAAUUCUGUUUUCAAAAUGUUACCUGAUAGCUGACCGUGGUGACAGGUGCCUGGAGUUGAAGGUAAAGGUACUUGGUGAAAGACAAGGCUAGUUAUCUAGAUCUAACGGCCACUGCUAAGGAUAGUAACGCUAUUAUAAUGUGUAUGAAGAAAUUAAAAACAUGUUUUUAGGUUACAUUGACUGGGUCGCUGUUUAAGGGCAAGGCUGUAAAAUAAUGUUAGUUUUAAUGUGUUUUGGAUGAAUCUGUUUGAAUUGUGUUUCUGUGAAUGGCAAUCAAAACAUCAAGAAAAGAUACCUGUGGGUAGACUGAUGUGAGCAACACGGCCUUCAGAUACAAGAGACAGUAAUGGGUACCUGUAUGGCUCCAUCCUGUGCAAACCUACUCCUGGGAAAACUAGCAAUCAAACCUUUGGUUUUGUGGCAGUGCAUGGAUAUCUUUUGUGAUUUGGACAAAAGGGAAAAAUUUGCGUCUCCGUAUUCCAACCUGACAAUUUCUAAGAAAAACAUGUACAGCAAUGCCACUAUUUUAUUAUAGAUUUUAACUCCAAUGUGCAAUCUGCAUUUUUUUGCCAAAGGAGAAAAAGUGGUUAGUCCACCUAAGUUGUGCUUUAGUUUUGUAACAGAACUAGCGUGUUUCUUUCACAAAUUAUCCAUGCUUUUGGUGAGAUUUAUCAAGGCAAUUUGUUCCUUUUUUAAAUGAAAGUAAAACUGUUGAUUUGGUAAUGAUCAGUACUUGUUUUCAUACACAAGUGUAUUAGGUAAUGUUUUUAAACCCAGCAUAGAUAACUUACCUUCAAAGUUAAGUCUUAGUGAUCUAAGUGAACUUGCUGCCUGUCACAUUAGCUUACGUUACUGAGACUAUCGGAUUCUGUAGAUACAGAAUAUCCAUUCAUCCAUUCAUAUGCACAUACCACUUAUAUUUUUGCAUUAAUCUGGAGAAUAAUUUUUACAAUUAAACAUGUCAUUGUUAUUCUAUACUAUUCUAGCUUGAUAUGUCAAGGUUAUCGAUUUUCUCUGAUUAAAUAAUUAAUUGGAUACUACUGAGCAUUUUGUGUUUUGAUAGUUGCAGAGUCGUAAAAAUGUAAAUAAACAAAAUAUUGUUA